AUGGCGCAGAAAGCAGCCAAGACCCUCGCGGCCCGGAACACUUCCCUCCUCCUCCGCACCCACCUCAUCACGCUCGGUCUCCACACAACAUUCCUUCUCCUGCACUGGCUCUUCAAUCGUCCCCGGUCUCUCACCCCCUAUUUCGUGUUCGCCUGUCCCACCCUCGCCAUCGAGUUCUACCUGGAGCGCCUAGGUCGCCCCAGCUACAACCCCGCCGAUGGGUCCCUGCGAUCCCCCGGGGAAGACCUCGGAGCUUCCGGGUUGACUGAGUACAUGUGGGAUGUUCUGUACUGGACCUGGGGCUGCAUGGGCGCCGCUUGUCUGUUUGGUGAUCGCGCGUGGUGGUUAUGGGUUGUCAUCCCGGUAUACUCCGUCUGGUUGGCGUAUUCCACAUUCACCGGGAUGCGCAGCGGGUUGGCGGGGAUGGGUGGUGGAACAGGGGAGCCUGUCGCUGAAAGCAAAAGGCAGAAGAAGAUGGAGAAGAGGGGAGGACAGCGGAUGCAAUACCGGUCAUAG